AUGGCGUCCCUCUUACGGAGACCAUUCGCCAUCACGGCGACAUUGCGACAAGUAUCACCGAAAUCACCACAAACCCUCACGAUCCGCGCCUUCCACAACACGCCACUCAAGCAACAUCCGCACUUCUUCCGACCCGCAAAGCCCACGGUUUCGACAUCGCAAAAUGUUUCAAAGUUCCAGCAAGCGUUCCGACGCAGAUACCAACAGGCUGCCUACAACCCAGUGGCACAGGGCGACAUGCGACAGCGUCUACUGUACGGCGCUGGUAUCUUCGGCGCAACUCUACUAGGCAUCAACUUUAUCUUCAACCGCGAAACACGCGAGGAUGGUGGCAUGCCGCCAUUCGAGCGCGAGUACCUCAACGACACCUUCAUGCACACUGGCCUUGGUAUUGGAAUGAUCGGUAUCGCAGCCCGCGCUCUGCACAUGAAUGGAUGGAGCUUCAGGCUUAUGAGCGCAAACCCGUGGCUUGUGCUUGGUGUUGGUCUCGUUGGCAGUAUCGGAACCAUGUACGGCACCAUGGCCACCUCGCCAUCGAACUACGUCCAAAAGUACGCUCUCUGGACUGCCUUCAACGGUACCCAAGCUCUCCUCCUGUCACCACUCUUCUUCAUGCAUCCCGCCAUCCUCGCACGCGCCGGUCUCUACACCGCUGGAAUGAUGGGCUCCAUCGCUUUCGUCGGCGCCACUGCAAAGACAGACAAGUACCUCUACCUCGGUGGCCCUCUUCUCGCCGGUGUCGCAAUUGUCGCUCUCUCCGGUCUCGCCCCGCUCGUCGUUCCCGCCACUGCUGCCCGCACACUCAUGUUCACCGAGAACAUCUGGCUGUACGGAGGUCUUGCCGUCUUCGGUGGCUUCACCCUGUACGAUGUGCAGAAGGUGCUGAACCACGCGCGCCAGGCUGAACGAGGACUGAUUCCCAAGGAUCCUGUUAAUGAGUCCAUCUCGCUUGAGUUGGACUUUAUCAACAUCUUCAUCCGCAUGGUGCAGAUCUUGGGCAUGAGCCAGAACAGGAGGAAGUAA